AUGACAUCCUACAUGACAGGCAGCGAGGCUUUUGCCCGCGAAGCCCAACAACCAUCCUCCACAGCCCCCUCAGUAUGGGCAGACAAAUACCGCGGGGCCACCAUCGAGGACCUUGACCCUCCCCCAGCCCUCUCCGUUUCCCCCAAUUCCCCCGUCUCCGCCGCUCUCAUGGCCGCCUACGAGCGUGACUACACCCACCUCACCGUUAUUUCUGCCCAGCGAUCCCUACUCGGCUACCUCAGCAUUCCCAGACUCAAGGAACUGAUUCACAACGGCACUGUUAAGGAAUCCGAUCCCGUCUCUACAGCCAUGCAACGCUUUAACCGCAAACGCGGCAUUUACAAGGUCAUCACCAUGGAAACACCCCUAGAAGAGCUGGAGCAGUUUUUCCACAGCGAGACCGGUCCCAACGGCGAUCCGCGCGAGAAGCACGCAUUUGCCGUUGUUACAGAUGCAGGACGUAAAUUCGUGCUUGGUGUAGCUACGAAGGGGGAUCUGGAGGAAUUCGUCAAGCGACGACCUUGA